AUGGACGUCGCCGCGGACAUACUCGCUGAAAUGGCGCUCAAUGCGCCCGAAGAGCCGACCUGCCACUUCAUGCGCCUGCCUCUGGAACUCCGAAAGCGCAUCUACGCGCUCCUUCUCCUGCCACCUCCAGUCACGCGGGUCCACUGCAGCAUACUUCCAGAAAUCAAGCAAUGUAGCCCCGGUGGACGUUUCCUCGCCAGCACCUGCAAGCCAGCACCUUCCUCAAUCCGCACAAUUGGAUGCGGCACGUGCGAGUGGCGUGGAGGCGACGUUCAUACCGCGAUUGUAGCUCUCAACAAGACGAUUUAUGAAGAAGCUACCGACGUCCUCUACGAGAGCAGCGCGGCGGUCUUCUACCACGGAGUCCCAAAUCAAUGGGAGCAGUUGAGCGAUACAACCAGAUCCAAGGUCAGGAGAUUGGUUUUUGUGAUUCCGCUUUUAGAAAAUUACAAUUAUUUCAACGAUGUAUUCUAUACAAUCAGCAAUGCGAAGCUCAUCGAGCUCCAUUUCGACGUGGAUCUCACAAGAGUCACAGGACGACCGAUUGCUGCACAGGAGCUCUUAUGGGUACCUGAGGUUGAUGGGGCGGAAAUAGUUGUUGAUGUGCAUAUUGUCCGCGCUUGGGAUGAGCCAGGCAGUGGGUGGGAGGAGCCGAUUACCAGUCGACGGAGUAUCAGCGAGGCUCGUGCCCUCGAGUUGGAUGAAAAGGCGAAGGAAAUGAGAUUGUGGAUCAUCAAACUUCUGACAAAGGUUUUCAACGAGGAGGACAGAGUUCUGGUGAUUCGGGAGAACUGA